AUGGACCACAGAAGUCGUUCUUAUUCUUCACACAAUAAUAGUAAAUACUAUUCUACUCUGACAAAUUCACAAGGGUACUCUCAACAGUAUAUUACAGGUGCCUCACAGCCGCCAAGCUCUGGUUCUGCCAGUUCAUCUUCAGGCGACCACAACGGAAUGCCAUCAAACCCAUACUCAGAUAAUCCAUCAUCUUCUUCAUCACAGCACCACCACCAGCACCAGAACCAUCACCAUAAUCAUCUUCUUCCUCAACAGCAAAGAUACCUUCAUCCUCAUUCACGAUCUCGUCCCCAACAACAACAACAGCAGCAUCAACAGCAGCAUCAACAGCAGCAUCAACAGCAGCAUCAACAGCAGCAUCAACAGCAGCAUCAACAGCAGCAGCAACAACAACAGCUUGGGUCAUCAUACUCCAGAAGCCAGUCUCCCUCAUAUCACUACACAAAUACUUCUCACCAACGGUACUCUGCUUCCGGUAGUAAUAGUGGCAAUAUUGGAGUUGGAAGCUCUCAAUCAAGUGCUACAUCAUCCCAUAAUAUAGCACAAAAGAGCUCUCAGUACUGGUUUCGACGGAAUAGCAGUAGUAGUGGUAGCAGCAGCAGCAAUGGCACUGGCGCUAGCAAUAACAGCAGCGGCCUAGGCACUAGUGGAGGUGGAUCCAAUGGUUUGGCUGGCGGUAAUCAAGGAAUACCGUCAUCUUUAAAUAAACACUCUACAAAACAAAACCUGUUGAACAACUCAUCCAGCAGCGGUAAUGGAGGAGGAGGAGGAGGGGGAGGAGGAGGUGGUGGUGGUGGCCGGGCUUUUGUCUCCAAUAAAUCUCAUCGCCACUAUCAUUUUAAAAACUCUUACCAUGCAAGUAGUAAUGGCAACAGCUCCGGUGGCAACAACAGUAGCAACACCAAUAGUGGCAACACCAACAACAACAACAACAACAACAACAACAAUAAUCAUCAUCGCUACUAUAUCAGCCAUUCUAAACGUGGUGGAAACAACUUUUCCAAAGAUUAUAAUCGGCCCCUCCCGAAAUCGCAGCAGCAGCAGCAGCAGCAACAGCAACAACAACAACAACAACAACAGUUUUUCCCAGUUUACGAUGAUCAGGUUCCAGAUGACGAAGCUUUAACCGUGGACUACAACAAGGAGCUUCCUGAAAGUCUGACAGCACUACCUCGACAAGAAGAGAAGCUUGAUGACGUAUCUAUCAAAUAUACGUCCGAUGACCAAGUACUAGAACAAGCCCUUACUAAAGAGCCUAAACUUGACAAGGAAAUCAACCAAAGCUCCAAGAAGGAUCUUAAUUCUGAAUCAACGGAAAGAUCUAAUAAAGUACCAAAGGAUGAAUUUAAACAAAUCAAAAAGGAACCUAUUGAUGAGCCUGCUGCGAGUCACUCGGAAAAUCUCGUUAAGAAACCCUUUGUGGAGCCUUUAAAUAACCACACUGAGGAAUUUACAAAGAAACUGACUGAAAAUCUUUCUGAGAAACAUGUUGAAAAACAAGCUGAGGAACCGGUUGAGGAACCGGUUGAGGAACUGGCUGAGGAACCCCAACACGACCUUGUGGACGUGCCUAUGGAGGACGCUCAAACAGAUGAAAAACUGGAUAUUCUCCCUAAAAUCAAAGAGGAACCAUCAAAGGAGAAUAAAAAUUUAACACCACCAAAAACAACAUCAACCAAAAAACAGCAGUCAUCUUUUGACUCCCCAGAAUCUUUAGACACUCUUGCAACCAGCUCUGAAAAAGAAAAAACUUUCAAAAUCAAGAAAGAAGAGCCACCUACUGAACUUACUGAACCAAUAAUAGAAGAGGAAAAAAUCAAGGUAGAACAGGAAGAAUCACCCAAGCCAUACAUUAAAACAGAACCCACAGACUUAAACAUCAAAGAAGAACUCAGCGAUAGCUCUUUAAGUCCACCAUUGGAAUCCGAUGAAGAUGAGGUCAUGAAACAUAUAGCAGUUGCCGAAAGCAUUCGAAAUGGAAUUGAAGAAUCUUCUUCUUCUGAAUCACCAAGUUUGUCGUCAUCACCAAUAUCUCCACCUUUGGAACCACCACACUCAUCAUCUAACUUGAAAGAGUUGUCUAAAUCGCUGUCUCCACCAGCCCCUCCUCAAUCCCCAGCCUUGCCACCACCCAGCAAAAACGAUGAUUAUGAGGAUGACUACGAUCAAAAUGAUGAUUUGCCGCUACCUGCUCAGGCCUCUUCACCAUAUGUCAGAGAAGAAGCCACCACUCCUGAACCGCCUAGCUCAAUGAAUGACGACGAUGGAAUUAUCUUGUCGCCUGUGACCAAAAUGCCCAAGAAGCGGCGCAGCAAAAAGACCAAAAAGGAACAACAGAUCCAUUACCAACUAUUCAAUGAUCUUCCCUCUAAGACUGAAGAAGCUGAAGAGACUUUUGAGGUUCUGUUGGAGAGUAUCUAUACCAAGAAAAAUCUUGGCAACUCUGGCCAGUUUGAUGCCAUGACAUGCGACUGCCGACAACAGUGGGAUGGAAAUCGCAAUCUCGCUUGUGGCGACGACUCUGACUGUAUCAAUAGAUUAACAUCUAUUGAAUGUGUCAAUUCUAAAUGCUUUUGUGGUAAAGACUGCCGUAAUCAGCGGUUCCAAAAACGCGAAUAUGCUAAAGUUGAUGUGAUCCAGACCAAGCUCAAGGGCUACGGUGUGCGAGCAUUGGAAAACAUUGCACAAAGUACCUUUGUUUACGAGUAUGUUGGCGAGGUAAUUUCUGAAGCUGGAUUUCGCAAGCGUGCAGACGACUACAAGAAGGGUGGGAAUCGACAUUUUUACUUUAUGAUGUUGCAAAAGGGUGAAUUCAUUGAUGCCACUUCCAAGGGUGGCCUUGCUCGUUUCUGCAAUCACUCAUGCAACCCCAACUGCUACGUUGAUAAGUGGGUUGUAGGUGACAAGUUGCGCAUGGGCAUUUUCACUAAACGUGAUAUUUUAAAAGGCGAGGAAAUUACGUUUGAUUACAAUGUUGAUCGAUACGGUGCAGAUGCACAGCCAUGCUAUUGUGGAGAGCCCAGCUGCGUGGGAAUUCUCGGUGGCAAGACGCAAACAGAAGCAGUCAAUAAGCUGCCUCAACCCGUACUGGAUGCUUUGGACAUGGAUGAUUCUGAUGAAGAUACUUGGAUGACAAGCAAGAAAAACCACACCAAGAAGAAGCCGCGUCUAACUGAAGAUGAGCUUGAUGAAGACUUUGAUAUUGACGAGGAAGAUGAUUAUGAGACAAGUGCCUUGCCUACAAAGCCAGUGACGGUAUACUCUGUUUCGAAGAUUAUGAGUUCGCUUAUGCAAGCUCGUGAAGACUGGCUCGUCAAUAAACUUCUUUCACGUAUUGCUAACACGAGCGAUACAGGGAUUCAUUUCCGGGUGAUGCAAAUGCACGGAUACCAGAUUUUCAACAAUCUUUUAAGGGACUGGAACCUGGACGGAAAGAAGGAAAAGUACCCUCGGACGCGCAUUAUUUUGGAAAUCAUGACCAAGUGGCCGCGCAAGACCAAAAAUAAGAUUUCAAGUUCUAAGAUUGAAGAAACGGUGAAGGAUAUUUCGCAGCACUGUGAAGACGAGGAAAUCAAGGAGCUUGCUGACCAGCUGUUGAAGGAGUGGGCUUCACUUCAAAUGGCGUACCGUAUUCCUCGACGGGAAAAGAAACACGAUGAGGAGCCUGAGACUGCUAAUGCUACUGCUGCUGCUGCUCCAUCUUCUGAGUCUGAGACCAAGAAGGAGGCAGAUGCCAAGAAAGAUACUGAAGCGUUGCAACAAUCAAACGGCCAUCAUAGUUAUAAUAACCAUCACACCCACAAUCAUCACCAUCAUCAUCAUACUAGUACUAACAACCAACAACAGCAGCAGCAACAGCAGCAGCAACAACAACAACAACAAACCAAUAAGUUUAUCAACAAAAAGAGUAACCAAGACCGGUAUGCUGAUUUGAAUCUACCUGAAGGCCCACGCAAAACACUGUUAGCUCAACAGGCUGUGUUGUCAGAUAUCCUUCCACCCGGAUGGCGAUCUGCAGAGGCUCCUGGGGGCCGCGUUUAUUACUACAACCGUGAGCUUAACAUCACGCAAUGGGAGCGGCCAAUGCCUGUACUUACUAAGGGAGGGAAUGUGAUUAAUCCACUGAAUGGCGGGUUUUACCGCAACCCACCUGCUGGACCUGGGGUUAAUCCCAAUGCAAGUACUGUGGCAGGUGCUUCAGUUGUAACACCAGCAACGGUAGUUUCUAAUUCUACAGCAUAUGGACAGUAUUCUCUUGGAAGUCAGUAUGGUGAAGAUUACUCUGCCAUGAAUGGAUCUGGGACACUAUCUCGCCAUGAGUCUGAAGUUGGGCUUGGCAGUGCUGUUAGUCUUUCACGCAACGGCUCUCGAAGUGGGUCCAUGACUGCUCUUGCAGGUAUAUCUGGCCCUGCAGGAGCAGUAGGAGCAGUAGGAGCAGCAGCAGCAGCAGCAAUUGCAGGCGGAGCCCAAGAUGUACGGGCGUUAAAGAAGGCAACUGAAGAGAUGACUUUGCAAAAGAUUAUUGAGGAGGCGUGUCAGAAGCAAAAGGAAGGUGCAGCGGCCGCAGCAGCAGCAGCAGCAGCAGCAGCAGCAUUUCCAUCUUCUUUGUCUUCAGCGCUCAGCCGAAGUAAUAGUCAUGGUGCGGAUCCAAUUAGCCGGAGCGGUAGUGCACUUGGGAUAUCUCGGAGAUCGUCGUCACUUGAUUUAUUUGACGAGGAUGAUUCCGUAAGUCCUGGUUCUGAAACUUUGAUUGAGAUGCAAUCUCGGUUAUUGCAAAAGAAUUUUGCAAAAAUUGUUCCCAAUAUUGUUGUGCGAUAUGAAUCUCAGAUUGGACAUGAUAACGUGAAGCAAUAUUCACGGGAGAUUGUUCGGAUUCUUGUUGAAAAGGAACUACGUGCAAAGCCAUUAAAAAUUGAUGUUGAUUUUGGGUCUGAAAAGAAACUCAAGAUUAAGACGUUUGUCAAGACAUACAUGGGCAAAGUUCUUGAGAAGAUUAAAAAACGGCGACUUCAUGACCAACGAACUGACCUUUCAAGAAUGGGUGCAAGUGGAGGUACUGGGGUUAGUGGUUCUGCUACUACCACAAUAUUGACGACUGGAGUAGCAAGCACUAGUGCGAGUUCCGCAACAAGCACUCCAACAGAAGGUGCAACAACACAAAACGGAACACCUUCCGUAAUAGUUGCACCUGUGGUGGGAGCCAGUUCUAAUGUUGCUGAGGAUCCAAGGUUGGCAAAGUUUCAUGGUAAUGGUGUUGAUGAGACUAAGGCGAGUUCAUUGUCUAUUUCUCCUGUACCUAAAGAGCAAAUAUCAGCAACAACAUCGACAUCAACAUCAAUAACAGCAGCAGCAGCAGCCGAAACAGAUGCAAAUAAAUGGAUGGAUAUAAAUCGACCUACUGCAGCUUCAAUUUGGGGGAAUGACUUUACGCGAGAGCAAAAGAAGAAGAAAGAAGUUGGGGAAUCUGAGUUUGGUGUGGUUAUUGAUGAGAAGCCAGACUUGAUAAGAGUGAAGAAUAUUGAUGGAGAGGAAGAAGAGGAUUUAUUUGCCGAGUACCGAUGGAAAAGCAAGCCCCCAAUAUUAUCUGAGCCAUGGAGGGAACCACCAGCUUUGCAAUCAUCUGCGGAUUCUUCUACAACAGCUACUAUUAUUUCUGUUUCCAAGCCAAUAAUACGGCAGCAUGAGAAUUUACGGUUACCUCAGAAAAGACAAUUAGGAGAGGCUAUAAAGAAUGACUUGCACCAGCAGGUACUUUCUUUUAAGAAGCAAAAGAUUGGAUUUGAUUUCCGGAGACGAGGUGCGAGUGCUGGCGAAAAUAGUAAUAUUCACAGUAAUAGUGGCAGUAGCAGCAGUAGCAGCAGUAGCAGCAGUAGCAGCAGCAGCAUCAUAAUCAGCAAUGGUGGUGGUGGUGGUGGUGGUGGUGGUAAUAACAAUGGGCCACUUUUACGAACUCUUGGUCGGAGAUUAGGUCGUCAGUCUACUGGGUCUGCACCUCGAAUGAUGGUUGUUGAGCCGCCGAGGUAUGGUGACGAUUAUGCAGAUGAUGAUGCGGAGCCACCUGCAGGAGGGUUCAAAAGUGUUGUUGAGGAAUCUAGAGCAUUAAGGACUGGGAUUGCGAUGGAUAAUUAUGGAGAGGAGGCAAUAAUAGAAGAUGGAGAAGGAGAAGAAGAAGAAGAAGAGGAAGAAGAAGAAAAGGAGGAGGAGGAGGAGAAUAGAGAUGAAGGUAAUGGUAACAAUGGAGGAGGAAGAAAUAAUGGGAAUGAUCGUUACUUUGGUCGCCGACGACACGGGCCGACUAUAUUUUCACGGCCACGACGGGGGCACCGAGGGAUGGGGUCUGGUAAGAAGGGAGGAUAUAACCGUAACAGGGGGUUCCACAAUUGGAAAGGGAAGAAGUUUUAA